GAGGAAUGAGAAGGGGAGGGGUAGAGUGAGAGAGAAAUGCGAUACAGAAUGAAAGAGAGCGAUACACUUUAGGAGUAAAGAGGAGAGAGUGAGAUGUGGAGUUAAGAGAGUGGGAAGAGAGAGGGAUAGAGAGGAGGGAGGGGAAUGAGGUAAAAAAAAAGAGUGUUUGUCUGAAUGAAACUACGUAUCAAUGGCAACAUUCAAAAUAGUUGUCCCAAUUAAGCGAAAGUAGUUAAUUAGUAAUCGAUACACGAGUUCGCUAGGAUCAAUAAAAUAAAGACACGGAGAAAGAUAAGUGAAAGAGAGAGAGAGACAGAGAGAAAAAGAAAGCGAGAGAGAAGAGAGAGAGAGAAAGAGAAAAUAUCAAAGCAAAAGUAGCCAACCUCAAACAUUCAAAGUGUGUGAGACUGAGAGAGAGAGGACGUGCGUGGGGCGGGACGGAGAUAGUGCGAGCGCCAGAAGGUGGCCUCCAUGCAACCACUGUUCUUGGCUUGCCCGGUGGUCCUCAACCUAAUGCACGCCAACCCCCUUUUAACAAGGAGAGAAGAAGGUACACGUACACCAGUGACUUGGCAGACUAGAUUAACAUGGAUAGUCUUAGGACGUAAUUAUCUUUUCUUUUGAAGGUUGAUGACUUCAGUAGUAUGAUUCUCUCGUGCCCCUAAAAGACAAGCCUGCGUGUAGCCCGCCCCAUCUCUCGACAGCUUGACUGUGAUGGCGGUCUCUCUUCGUGUGUGCUGGAUAAUAUCACAAUGGCGAUAAAUCAAUACACUGCUGUUCAGGCCAACAUUGCAGUUUUGUUCUAACCCAUAAUGCAACUGGACGUUAUGGAUGUUGUUAAGGUAGCCUUGUACUUUUGUUUUUUCCGGACCCAAAUGAGCAUUGUCUUACACAUUCCUCACUUCUGCUAGUGAGACUGCAGGACAGCCUUGACAUUGUCAUGCGUUGUGUGCACGCAUGUAAUGCCAGCUUGCCAGACUUGAAUGCGCGAUGUACACGCUCAGCGAAGACCAGGAAAAAAAGAACAACGAGAAAGAAUAACUGUAUAUGACAGUAGAUUAUUUCCAGAACUUUUUCUCAGCCAUAUUCGACGCUGUGGUUAGGAUUCAACUUUGAAUGUCACCUUUGUUGUCGUUACAGUUUUUGAACCCCACUGUUGUUAAACUCUCUACAUUCCCGUGUUCGUAUAAAUGAAAAUAGCCUUAUUACACGGGCAGACGUCUUCACGGGUCGGUGAUCCAGGACAUUUAUCUUUAGCCACGCUGCUAAUUAUAUCACAUGACAUGCUCCCAUCGCUGGCACCAUGAGGCUGUUGAUCUUGGCUUCUAAAGUUUUGGCGUGGCCCUUCAGGUACAAGUCUCAAGCUGCGGCCGUGACCAUGUGCUUCAGCGCGCUCUUCUCCUUCGUGCUGUUUGUCGUGCCUCUCCGCAACGUCAUCCUGUAUCCCGCCAUAGAGUAUGCGUGGCGGGAGGUGAACACGUACGAUUUGAUCCGCAUCCAUUUCGUCCAGGAGACCAUCCCGCAUGGCGUGUUCAACAGCGUCUCCUGCCCGGAGAUCUCCAAGCCGAGGAUUGCCAAGAGUGAGAUCAACAUCUCUGGAGUGUUCUCUUACGAGCACUUGCUUAGCCGGGACGCUCAGGUUCUGGCCUUAAGGAAAGGUCACGGCCGGUUUCUUCCCGCCAUCGACAUGAAUCAGAAAAUUGAGAACCUUUACCUCUACAAGGUCGCUGUCUUGGCGCUGAAGCGCGUCGGGCUGCAGCAUUUUCUAGUGGCGGGGUCUUUGCUGGGACUGAACAGGCACAAAGGUUUCGUCCCUUGGGACGAUGACCUUGACAUCGCUGUCAGCCUGGACUCCUGGGAGCUGGUGAAGCAGACACUUUGUUGCAUUGAUGGAUUCGAGUUGAUCAAGGAGCACGUCCUUCAUUGGAAGUUUCGCUUUACGGAUCGGAUCUACCCGUUCCUGGAUAUCUUCUUCUACCGCAUGGACGAGGACUACGUCUGGGCGGUCACGCACUACACCCGAAAGACGUUCAUCUACCCGACCGGCUACGUCUUCCCCUUGUCCGAGUCAACGUUCGAGGGCAUCAAAGUGCCAGUACCCAGAGACAGUCUGAGCGUGGCCAGAAGGAUUUACGAUUACAGUAUAUGCAAAGCCUUCAAGGGCCAUAUAGGAAGGAAUUUUAGUCUUAUGGAAAGUUACCCCCAGGGAUAUUCCGUGGAAGAAGUUCCAUGUGUUGAAUUAACUUACAUGUACCCUAUGUAUCACCUUACGUAGCGACACACCCAUUCCUUCCUAGUUGCUUUUACACAUCAUGAGUGCCUUACGAGGAUAAACUUGGUAUGUGUCUAGUAUUUAUAAACACAUUUGUUUCUUGCGGACAAGAUUCCUUUUUAUCACAUGGAUUUUAGAAAUUCUGUGUUGAAGAAGAAGCAGUGGUUUAUAAUUCAAACAGCCUCGCAUGAACAUAGAUAUCAAUUGUAAAAUGAGAGAGAGACAAUAGUCUGAGCGCUGUGCAGGACACACGAUCUCAUCUCAUUCAGCUUAUUUACAGAAACUUUUUUUGCGCCAAAACGCAGCGAAAGCAUUCUUUCAAAAUAUGAGGAAAAAAAAGACAACAUUAAUACAAUUAAUAGGUACCAUUUUUCUCUCUCUCCGUUAAGGCCGUGUUAUUACACAUUUAAAACCCAUGGUGUAGAGACUCGCACAAACUGCGCUCAAACUGCAGUGGUCAUCAUGAUAUUGUACCUGCAUCUCCUACCGUCCAAAAUACUUCUUGUCCCGGUGUUACCCAUACGUUGGUUCUACACUAAGAGGUGUAACAUUAUUGACCGGUUUCCAUUGUUACUUUAUGACCUUUCAAUGUUGCAAGUUUUAUUUUUAUUGCACACGUUUUCUAAUCUUUUUCCAUGAUUUGUUUUUUUUUUUUUUACAUAGAGUAAGUUGUCAAAAUAUUCACAAAGUCCCAGCCCAUUUAUUAAACAAACUGCAUUAACAGAAUUUUGAGACGAAAUAGGCGUGUCGACAUGUAAAUCAUAAAGAUACUCCACAUUGACCCAAAUCUAGUACAAUCUUUUGUUGUAGGGCAACUUUAUAUAUCCUAAGGUCACCGCUAGUAUCUAAGGAACGUUAUUGACAAGUUUAAUUAAGAUCUGUCAAACGGUUUUGAUUUCGAUAAAGGACAUACAUACAUACAAACUCCUUACCUUCUACUUUAUAAUUUAGAUAUGGUCAUAUGAUAAUUAAAUUUAAUCAAACAACCCUGUAGACAACACAGUAAACUGUAUGUAAAUAAAGUGAGCACUAAUGAGCUACGGUUUUGUAGCACUGGGCAAAGCACAACAGAUCCUCAUCCUUCCAACCCUAUGGGCGCCCACAGGACAGGUUGUUGUUUUCUUUACUGCUCUUAACAAAUAAUUUUUUUUUUUUUUUCACAUUCCAGAAAAAAAGUGUAAAGUAAAAACUGAACGCACAAGAAUAAAAAGAAAAGCAACAAAUACAUCGUUCCAUAUUAAUGUUAUAUUAAACCAUUACGCUCAGCAGAACUUCCAGCAGUGUUACUACAGUUGUGUAUUUUACUGCAGAUUUUAUGUUUUUUUUAAAUCAUGUGUCGGUUUGGGUUUGUUUCAGCCAGUUUUAUUUAUAAAUGCGUACUUUCUUCUUUGUUUUAGGCAUAAUUAACAUUUGUCUUGCUUACUGCAUUGACUCUUUGAAUUUUCUUGUAUCAAUAGACGUCACUGUAUUCAAAUAUCGAUUUUUAUUAAGUUCAAUUACCACGUCUGUCUGUUACUUAGUAAAAUAUUGUUAUGUAUUUUUGAGAUAAGGAUUUCUUUAUGGGUAUCAUCGUAAGUCUUAGUAAAGAAGAAAAAAAAAGCGACAUACCUUUAACCAAUAAUCUUUUUUUUUAUUUUAUAAAUAAAUAAAAAACAAUUCUGCAAAUAAAUGCUACGCAUCGUAAGUAAAAAAUAAUUCUUCAUUUAAUAGCAAAAUCUACAUAUAACUACAAAUUGACCUUGGUCUCCGAUACAUUAGAAUUUACUUGAUUCCUUUUUAACCAAUGAUUGAUGUUUUAUUUAUUUUCGUCUUUUUAAACCGGAAAUAGACUUACGUCUGCAUACAUUUUUUUAAAAUUUAUUUUCACUGCGUUUUAUUAGCUUGAUACUGCUUUGGUUUACUCGAGUUACGUGUGUUAAAAAAAUCUUGCCUAGUUUUCAUUUUUAACCCUUUGAAGUGCAGCAUAUUCGUUAAUAGGUCUACCAAUACUAAUUCCGUAUCUUCAUAUGUAAAUUUCUUCGAAUUGUAAAAACAAAACUGUGAAGACCUCGAAAUGAAUCCAGUUAUUACAUAUCAGGUCAUUAAUUAUAACCCGUGCAGCAUUAUCCUAUCAGGAUGUUGUUUUUUUUUAAAAACAUUUUUAUCACAUUAUCAUUGUUGUCCAGAUGUUCGCUGUCAUUGAAUCAUCUAUAUAAUAUUCAUAAUACUAACGAUCGUAUCUCACUAGGGGUGGAUAACUUAUUAUGAAUCAGUGAAAGGGGAGAUAAUCAGCAUAUACGAUUUCAUUUGCAGCUGUUCAUUGGGUUAUUUCUCCCUCCCCCCAUUUAAUAUAUUUCUACAGACUAUCAAGUAGUGGAUAUCAUUUUCUUAUAAGCUAAAAGGAUGGGUUCAAUACAUUACAUAUGAUACAAUGAAUUUGGGAUUAUUAAACUAAAGGAUAAAUCGUAGUCAACUGCUAUUUGUGUACAGUGAUUUUGAAGAUUCCGUAUAUGUCCUUUAAAAUACAGUAAGCGAGAAAAAGAAGUCAAAAUAAUAGAAAAAAAAAAAGUGCUGGCAAUAGAAUGAAAGCCGAAGAAAAAGUUUUUAAAAAAUGAAAAGAGAAGAAUCGGGGGAGAUUCUGAAAUCAAUAGAAAAACAAAAAUGCCAAGGACGCCACAUUGAAAGGCCACUAAUGUCCACGAAACACUAAAAUGGCUAAGAGCCAGAGAUUUUAUGAAUUUGAUUCUCCACGUGGCUCAUCAAUAUUUUCGUCUUUUGUUACACCGGUUACACCAAACAAAUACGGGUUUGCCACCAUGUAUAAACAUCUCCAGUACUCCAGUACUAAGUGUAUACAAUUUAACUGCAGAAUAGAAAUAUACAAAAAGGUAAAAAUAAAAUUACUUUUUUUUUUUAAAGAGGGGGAUGGGAAGAACUCCGCACUUACAAUGAUACCUCUAUAAUGUAGAAGUUAUUUCCCUUAUUCUACAUCAAAUAACAUAAUUGAUUGACAAUUUUUUUUUAAAAGUAGUUAAUUGAUGUUUAGGCUUAAUAAAUAUAAAGAACUGUUUAAAGUUUGAAGAGAACAGGUGUGGGAGAAAUAACGUGUGCAAAUUUUAUUUUUUUUCAAGGCCAGAGUUGAUAUAGGUUUUGUACUAAUGUUAGCACUGUUUAUUUGCGUGAGGGAUUCCCACAGGAAGUUUCAAUAAGCCUCAAUGUGCAAUGUUCUAUUAGAAGGAAGUAUUCGUUCAUUGUCUCGUGCUUUGUAGAUGCACGUUCCUCUCAACCUGUGUGUCGCGACCCCCUAAAGGGUCGAUUGACGAUUUGCCAGGGGUCGCCUAAGACCAUAAAAAAUAUGGAUUGUUUUUGUUUAUUCUUCUAUUGCUUGUGGAUGGGGGUCGCCGCAGAGUGGGGAUUGUAAAAAGGGGUCGCCGAGCUUAAAAGGCUGAGAACCGCUGCUCUAACUGAAUAGUGUCAUGUCUACCUACUUGCUGGAUGCUAGAACUUGUUGCAUACAUGUUGCAGUGUUGUCACACUUGCUCCUAUGUUGUAAUUUCUUUUUUUCUGAGCCCAUUCCUGUUUUCUCAAGUGUGUGUGGGUUAUCGUGUUUUUAACAUACUUGAAAGAUUGGUUGCGAGAUUGUAAAUGUUUUGUUUGUUACAAACCAGACUUUAAUGUUUAAACAAACAAUAUCUAUUUUCUUAGAGGACACUUGUUGGCCACCUUUUACUAGCAGAAUUGUUGAGCAACAUUCCCUCCUACAUAAUACUAAUAAGGCUUGCCUUCGAGUCCGAAGAUUAGUGAGUAAUGCAGUAUUUCCCGUGGCUGCGCAGCCCCAGCUGUGACCUACAUAAUUUGCGACAUUCAGGGCAAGCAUAACCAUUGUCCGCAGGUGGUCGAUUAAGAUUUUCUUUUUGCCGUCUACGUUUGUCCUGGGCAGGUUAAAGGGGCGUAUUAUGGGAAGUUGAGAGUAGGCAGUUUUUGUUAUUUCCUUGUCAUUUUCUCUGGGGCGAGGUCAUUGCUACCUCGCUUUCCAUAGGUAGCCUGUCCAAAAAUUUAUCCAAAUGGUGCGGUCUAGAUCCAUGCCCCUCUCCCCUUUCCAAACAGCCAAGCCACUGACACUCAUAUGAAACACAGUUACGUAAAUGCACAAGAUUGAAUAAGUCAAAUAUAUAUCUUUUGAAGUUAAAUAAGAACGCCCCCACAUGCUUACAGGCUAUAAAUUGUCGUUCCGAAUUGCAAACUAGAUUACCAACUGGAAAAAAAAAAGUGAUUGAAACUGAAAUUUAGCCUUUGAUCAUUCCCUAUUGCCACCCUCAUGCCUUGUUUAGGGUGGUUAACGUCUGCAGUAAGCCCUCCCGCUUAUCCAUCGAUUGGAAAGGCGGUAAGGCCUAUACUUCAUGUGAUUCUAUAGAGCAGACGCUAUGGGUUUGGAAUUCGCUGAAAGGUUGCAAAUAACAAAAACACUAAAAUAUUCCCAGUUUCUGUUUCGCAAAGAAAGCGUUCCAUCUUUUAUUCAUGAUAACUAUGAAAUGUAGCCUCUACUAGAUUCCUCUCAGUGGCGUAGCUAGGGUUGGGGCCCCAAAUGAGUGGGGGAUUUUUAUGUUAAAAAAAUAUUACGCAAAAUGCUGGGACCCUUAAAAGAUCAAGCCCCCUGGGCCCCCAAUCAAUGGAAAAUUUCUAGCUACGCCCCUGAUUCCUCUUAAGAUUGAAAGCAUAUUUGAUUAUAGUAUUACUUUAUCAUCAUUGUUUACAGACUUUCUUUUUUCUCUUAGUGUCUGGUACAAGAAAAUUGUCAUCAAAACCUUUGAAGCUUCCAGGGUCGGGUUUAUCUGCAACACAAGCUACAGCUUAGCCCCCCCCCCCCAAUACUUACCAUUGACAUAUGAUAUCUGGAUUGUAAAGGGCUCCAUAUCUCAAAUAGCUCAGGGCCUUUUCACGUCUAAAUACAUAAGCAGCCUGUGACGUGCACACGACUACCUGUAGACUUACCUUAUUGCUUUGAUCCUAUUUACCACUUUGACAAUGAAUAUAUUUGGAAAUGGAGUUGGUGGUGUCGGCGCUCAUUCUGGUAGGGUCAUGGGGCGCCGACUUGAAGGUACGCCCAUUGAAAUAUAUAACCAAUGCGAUCUAGGAAAUCGAGACUUGUCAAACGAACAGAGAGAAAGAGAAAAAACUUUUUUUUUGUUCCAUGUCAAUAUGUCUUUGAAGUUGAUGUACUUAAGAUGAUGCGGUGUCACUGCUUAAACCACUUUCUGUAAACGCACAACGUCUUGUUUCAACAUCUAUGCACCGUUGCCUCCAGCCAGUAUUUAGCUUCAAGUGUGUGAGGAACCUCUGGCACUGAUGCCUCACACUGCAAGUAGUUGUGUCGAGGUUUUGUCUGGAUCUUCUACAUAUUAAAACAAAAACACUCGUUCAAAGAUUUGCUUUGUUAGCAACGUUAUAUAAAUGAAAUAAUAAUUACUAGUCUACCCGCGGCGUAGUAUACGCCGCUAUUUUGCAGGGCCGGCCUUAGCCUACUGCAACCUAUGCGACCGCAGUGGGCCCCGCACUUUCAUAGGACCCGCGCUAAUUCUAGGUGUAAAUAAAUAAAUUAAACAAUUUUAUAACUUAUAACAGAUUUCCUGCGGCCGCCUGAUUUACCAGGAGCUCCUGGAAAUCUCAUGAAAUUGCAAAAUAUACGAAAAAAUCCUGGAAAUCUCCGGAAAUUAUUAAAAUCUUUUAAAAACCCAUACAAAUUUCCUGAAAUAUAUAGACAAAAAAUGUCAUUUUGGGGUAUCAUUCAAUCUGAAAACACCAAUCCUACGCAAGAUAAAAAAAAACAACAACGGCAUUAUGUAACAUCCGUAAUUGUGAAAUUUGGUGAAAAAAGCUUCUCGCGCAUCAAAAUAAUGAGGUCAACAAUUCUCUUAGAGAUAGAUUGAAACAUUUGGUAAUUCUUGCUAUUGAGCGUGAUCUAUGUAGGAAACGGAAUUUUUAUGAUAUACUGUAUGAUUCGCUACACGCAAGGCUCGUAAAGUAAUUCUGUAUGUAGUAAAGAAUUAAUAAAAUGCAAAGACGAAUUUAUUUUCUAAUACAAACUCUUAAUUUUCACUUACUAUCUGUAUCCCUACCCAAACUUGGCCCUACGAAAUCCGUUUCGCAUAGGGCCCCACAACGGUUGAGUCCGGCCCUGCUAUUUAGUGAUGAGUGGAAGUGAAUACAGAGUAGAUUACUUGUUCUCCUCCCUCUUGUUUUUCACCGCUUAAGUUACGUGAGGUAGAAAUAAAUAAAAGAGUGAUCGUUAGAUGACUUCUUGGUCACAAUGGUUAAGACCGGCCCUUCAAUUUGGUGACGGCUAAAUACUACUUGUUCUCUUCCCCCCCCCCCCCCCCCCCCCCACCUUUUUUUUUUUACUUGGGGUCCGACUUGCAGAAACAAACUGUUGAGCCAUGAAGAGAAUGAUAUUAUAAUAAUUAUUAUGGAAGUGAAUUCAAUUAUAAAUCUCUGGCACUGCCAGGGUCGGGUUUCGUUAAAGGGAAACAAAUUUCUUAGUAGUCUCUUUAACAGCGUCCACUGAGAAAUUUUCUGUCUACGUGGUAAGUUCGCAACAGUUCUGACCUUGGACGGAUAUUAAGGAUUCUCUUAGGAAUGCUUAGGGCUUCGAAUGUGUCCUCGAGGUCAAUUGUCCUUAUCCCCUCGGUGGAUACAACAACUGGGUGUUUUGGAAUUUUCCCUAACUCGACAUCGAGUCUUGCAGCGUCAGCUGCUUGUAAGAAUCAUUUGUUGGUUCAAAUCGAGCUACUAUUUCUGUUGCUGGUGUGCCCGUUAUGACAACUGCCCUCCCUCCCCCCAACCCCCCAAGUGAACAACUUCUGAUUAUCGAAUGUAUGUAUGGGUGUUACAGCAAAAAAUGAGGAUGAAAAAUAUUUGAUAUAAUGUAUUACUCGAUUGUUGAACCUUUGUUCAUUACGGCUCUGUCGUCUGCUCAAUCAACAUCCUAACCUUUGUGUGUGUGUGUGUCUUUAAAGUGAUGUAAUUUUUUAAAAAUAUGUUUGUUCUGCAAUCAUGUUAAUUUAUUCCCUAUGGGAGGUCAAAGUUUGUUGUUAGCUUAGCGCUGGUUGCAUUUUGAUUGGUUGUUAUAGAAAUUAAAAAGACUUUCCCGAAUACAAUCAGGCUUUACAAUGUCGUGGCAAUUAUUUUUUUCCGAACUGAUACUUUACUCUGGAGUGGAUAAACAUCGUAAGUGUUAUCUAAUAGUGAAUGUUAUCUAAUGUAAGUGUUAUCUAAUAGUAAAUGGUUCUCUUGUCUGUUUAUGUUUGGUACUAUCGUUACCAGUUUAAAAAAAAAAGGCGUUGGCCUAUGCAAUCAUAUCUAAUUAUAAAAUCGUACUCGAGUUUGUCAAACAUAAUUCUUUUAAAUAGCAUCUUCUGGUCUGGCCAAGCAGCUGGAAAUGGUUUACAUAGCAGGUGCAUCGUACGUGUGAUCUAUUGUAAGUUGAAGGUAUAUAUAAAGUGUGGAUGUUUCAGAGAGGCAUAGCGCCUGGAUGCUGAACCAAGCUUCUCGAGUUCAAAUCGUCAGACUAGUUAGAUACUUCAUGUGUGAUAUGCAGACUAAAUGUGUUAUAUAAUUGUGCUGGCCACAUAUCACCCUCGUGAACCUUCAAAGUGUUGGAACUAUACCGUCUAUUUCCAACAGUUAACUAAGUUUUAUAAGUUACUUGAAACAAGCUUUGCAGGGCUACAGAGCCGAAGCAUUGAAAUAGGUAGGGUCUAUUUUCCAACCUUAAUAAGUCAGUCUUCAGAAACAUUGUCCAAACAAUAUUUACAUUUAGUUAUUGGAGAUAGUCUUUGGAUGUUUUCACAUUUGUGGGGAGAAAGUUGUAAAAAAAAUCUGUUUAUUAUUUGUAGCCUAUAUAAAUGUUUAUUAACGUUGAUUGAUUUGUUUUGAUGAAAUAAUAUCCAGGCAUAAAUAAAAUGGAUGAAAAUAA